CUCACGUGCCUGAUGUUAGGGUGCUAGCCGGGCAGGUAAAGGGAAGGAGUGGGUUGUUGUGGGUGGUUAUGUUGUUGUCCCUCUUUUCAGAAAUGGAUUAGGGGUAGCAGCCUAGCGCCCGUUUUGCUUCCACCUUCUGCUCGUCCCCGCUUCUCCCUUUCAGUUCAUACUUGUGACGGAUGGGAGACUCUCAGUCCGAGCCGGUUGUUGUACGCGAGGAAACGAAGGCUGCGAGCACUUACUCGGUGCCAGGCCAGUUGAAGCGGAGUGCGAGCGAGGUGCUCUCUGUAGACUUGUGUGGCAUUCCAGCAGGAAACGCCAAGGUGUUCCUGGGCAUAUGGCAUGCUAGGCGUGAUUGAAGUGGGAUAUCGCAGUACAGUUAACCGACACUGUAUCCUUUUGUAGUUAGGUCGCCAUGGCGACAACAUUCAGCAGUGACGGAGCGGAGGUAAUGCAGCGGGCCCCGAUUUCUACAGGAGCAGGUCGGCGUCCUCCCACGGAGAAGCUAGAUGAGUUCUAUGAAGUGGAGAGAACCACAGCAUUUAUACGUGAUAAUGGCUUUGCUAAGAUUGCUCUUCAGUUCCCUGAUGAACUUCUACCAGAUUCAGCAGAUGUCGCUACCAGGUUGGAAUCAGCAACUGGUGCCAAGAUGUACAUUCUGGGGGACACAUCAUAUGGCAGCUGUUGUGUGGAUGAGGUGGCAGCACAGCAUGUGGGUGCUGAGGCUGUUAUUCAUUAUGGUCCUGCGUGUUUGAGCCCCUGCCACAAACCUGUCCUACAUGUGUUUGGUCAUGAGCCGCUGGAUGUGAUGCUCUGCGCAGAAGUCUUCCAGAAAUUGCAUCCUGACCCCCAAGCUUGUGUUGUGGUAUUGAGCGAAGUGGUUUAUUCUCAUGCUAUUGAUGAUCUGGCUUCUCAGCUGCAUCCCAUUUAUCCCAAUGUUGUUUUUUCCCAGCUGGACAGCAAAGAACUUCUUGAUUCAGCCCAGUCAAUAUUUGGGCUGGUGCGGAAAUUUGGGCGGUUCUUUGUCAUAGAUGAACAGCAUGGCUUUGACAACUACACCAUGUUCUAUGUGGGUGGUGAAGGGCCAGAGCUCACAAACUUCAUGCUGAGCUGGAACAAAUGCUCCUUCAGUUCUUUUGACCCCAAGACAGGACAAGGCCGAUGGGAAACAGUGGAUGUAAACCGGGCCCUGCGACGGCGCCUCUAUUUAGUGGAGCGAGCACGAGAUGCCCAGGUAGUGGGUAUUGUUGUGGGCACUCUUGGCAUUGUGGACUACUUGACUGUUCUGGAACAUUUGCGUGGAAUCAUUCAUCAGGCAGGCAAACGUGCCUAUACACUGUCUGUGGGCAAACCCAACCCUGAAAAGCUGGCAAACUUUCCAGAGAUGGAUAUCUUUGUAUUGGUAGCUUGUCCACAAAACUCACUGCUUAACUCGAGUGACUUCUACAGGCCCCUGAUCACACCUUAUGAAAUGGAAAUAGCAUGUAAUCCAGCACGGACCUGGACAGGCAGCUAUGUCACCGAUUUCCGCCAUCUUUUACCAGGAGCUUGUGACCACAUUCCUUUUCCAGACAUUUCCGAAGCUGAUACUGAACCCACUGUUUCACUAAUAACUGGAGAACUGCGCUCAACUCAUCUCCAUGCAGUGUCAGACGCAGAACCAAACUCUGGCAUGGCUGUGACCUGCCGUAGCCAUAUGCAGGCUGUAGCUCAGUUCAGUCCAGCAGCCUCAUUUCUGGAAUCACGCAGUUGGCGAGGAUUGGAACGACAGUUGGGCCAGACAGCAGUCACAAAAGCUGUAAGAGGUCGGCGGGGGAUUGCAAUUGCCUAUGAAGAUGAACCCUGUGGAUGAUAAGGGUGUGGAAGUUGUGGAACCCUGUGGAAGCUGCCUUCCCUUGCUGGGUCUGGAGCAGGUAAUGAUGCGUCACUUUGAUCAUGUGGACCUGUCACUAGAUUAGUCAACCUCUCCUUCAUUCCUGGACACACUGAGGCAAGAGCUCUUGUGCUCUAUGAGAUCUGGUCUAGCGCUGGACAGAACAAUAUUCAAAAUUCAUUACUGUGAUGCACAAUAUUCUCUGAAGUCUGCUUUCCUAAAGGUCUUCUGUACUGGAAAGCUGUUUUCUGUACUGUCUGUGACAUUCAUGUUGAUUAAACUAUAAAGCUGC